UGCAGCGGUCGGGAUGGAGGUGAGAAGACGGCCGUGACGCGCGCCCGCGCGGCCCCCUGCACCCCCAGCAGCCCACAGCGCUCCCUGCCCCCCUCCCCCGCGGCGGCCGGCCUUGCCGUCCAGUGACAGCGGCCUGGGGGGGCAGGGGGGGCGGGGGCAGCCGGACCAGCGAUGCCGGCGGGCAUGACGAAGCAUGGCUCCCGCUCCACCAGCUCGCUGCCGCCCGAGCCCAUGGAGAUCGUGCGCAGCAAGGCGUGCUCACGGCGCGUCCGCCUCAACGUCGGGGGUCUGGCGCACGAGGUGCUCUGGCGCACCCUGGACCGCCUGCCCCGCACGCGGCUGGGCAAGCUGCGGGACUGCAACACGCACGACUCGCUGCUCGAGGUAUGCGACGACUACAGCCUCGACGACAACGAAUACUUCUUCGACCGCCAUCCAGGCGCCUUCACCUCCAUCCUCAACUUCUACCGCACCGGGCGGCUGCACAUGAUGGAGGAGAUGUGCGCGCUGAGCUUCAGCCAAGAACUCGACUACUGGGGCAUCGAUGAAAUCUACCUGGAGUCCUGCUGCCAGGCCCGCUACCACCAGAAAAAGGAGCAGAUGAACGAGGAGCUCAAGCGGGAGGCAGAGACCCUGAGGGAGCGAGAGGGGGAGGAGUUCGAUAACACGUGCUGUGCAGAGAAGAGGAAAAAGCUCUGGGACCUCCUGGAGAAGCCCAAUUCUUCCGUGGCUGCCAAGAUCCUUGCCAUCAUUUCCAUCAUGUUCAUUGUCCUCUCCACCAUUGCCCUGUCGCUCAACACGCUGCCCGAGCUGCAGAGCCUUGACGAGUUCGGCCAGACCACAGACAACCCCCAGCUGGCUCACGUGGAGGCCGUGUGCAUCGCGUGGUUCACCAUGGAGUACCUGCUGCGGUUCCUCUCCUCACCCAAGAAGUGGAAGUUCUUCAAGGGCCCACUCAACGCCAUUGACUUGUUGGCCAUCUUGCCCUACUAUGUCACCAUCUUCCUCACCGAAUCCAACAAGAGUGUGCUGCAGUUCCAGAAUGUCCGCCGCGUGGUCCAGAUCUUCCGCAUCAUGCGUAUCCUCCGCAUCCUCAAGCUCGCACGCCACUCCACCGGCCUCCAGUCCUUGGGCUUCACCCUGCGAAGGAGCUACAAUGAGCUGGGCUUGCUCAUCCUUUUCCUCGCCAUGGGCAUCAUGAUCUUCUCCAGCCUUGUCUUCUUUGCCGAGAAGGACGAGGAUGACACCAAGUUCAAAAGCAUCCCGGCCUCUUUCUGGUGGGCCACCAUCACCAUGACGACGGUUGGGUAUGGAGACAUCUACCCCAAGACGCUCCUGGGGAAGAUUGUCGGAGGACUCUGCUGCAUUGCAGGUGUCCUGGUGAUUGCUCUUCCCAUCCCGAUCAUUGUCAAUAACUUCUCUGAGUUCUACAAGGAGCAGAAGAGGCAGGAGAAAGCAAUCAAGCGGAGAGAGGCUCUGGAGAGAGCCAAGAGGAAUGGCAGCAUUGUCUCCAUGAACAUGAAAGAUGCUUUCGCCCGGAGCAUCGAGAUGAUGGACAUUGUGGUAGAGAAAAAUGGAGAAAAUAUGAGUAAGAAGGACAAAGUACAAGAUAAUCACUUGUCUCCCAACAAAUGGAAAUGGACAAAGAGGACACUAUCUGAAACUAGCUCAAGUAAGUCCUUUGAAACCAAGGAGCAGGGAUCCCCUGAGAAGGCCAGAUCAUCUUCCAGUCCUCAGCACCUGAACGUCCAGCAGCUGGAAGACAUGUACAAUAAGAUGGCCAAGACCCAAUCUCAACCCAUCCUCAAUACCAAGGAGUCAGCAACACAGAGCAAACCAAAGGAAGAACUUGAAAUGGAGAGUAUCCCCAGCCCUGUAGCGCCUCUGCCCACUCGUACAGAAGGGGUCAUCGACAUGCGAAGCAUGUCGAGCAUCGAUAGCUUCAUUAGCUGUGCCACAGACUUCCCCGAAGCCACCAGAUUCUCCCACAGCCCUUUGGCCUCACUCCCCAGCAAGACUGGGGGUAGCAUGGCCCCAGAGGUGGGCUGGCGGGGAGCUCUGGGUGCCAGUGGUGGGAGAUUUGUGGAGGCCAACCCCACCCCUGAUGCCAGCCAAUCCUCUUCUUUCUUCAUUGAGAGCCCCAAGAGUUCUAUGAAGACGAAUAACCCCCUGAAGCUACGAGCACUUAAAGUCAACUUCAUGGAGGGUGACCCCAGUCCACUAGUCCCCGUUCUGGGGAUGUACCAUGACCCUCUUAGGAACCGGGGGGGUGCAGCUGCUGUCGCUGGGCUAGAGUGUGCCACACUCUUGGACAGGCCUGUACUGAGCCCAGAGUCCUCCAUCUAUACCACAGCAAGUGCUAGGACACCCCCCCGGUCGCCUGAGAAACACACAGCAAUAGCAUUCAACUUCGAAGCAGGUAUCCACCAGUACAUUGAUGCGGACACAGACGAUGAGGGGCAGGUUCUCUACAGUGUAGAUUCCAGCCCUCCCAAGAGCGUGCAUGUGAGCACCAGUCCCAAGUUCAGCGUCGGGACAAGAUCAGAGAAGAACCACUUUGAAAGCUCCCCCUUACCCACCUCCCCUAAGUUCUUAAGGCAGAACUGUAUUUACUCGACAGAAGCAUUGACUGGAAAAGGCCCCAGUGGUCAGGAAAAGUGCAAACUCGAGAACCACAUCUCCCCCGACGUCCGCGUGUUGCCAGGGGGAGGAGCCCACGGAAGCACACGGGAUCAGAGCCUCUGAGCUACCCUUCCUGCAGCAGAGACUUGUGGCAAGACCUAAGAGGCGUGCUGUUCAGCUGACCUGCCGCAGAGCUUUUCCGCACGAACUCAGACAGACAGGCUCUGCAGAGCCCCCAGGCAGAAGAGAGACUCCAGAGGAGGCUCCCUAGGGCCUGGAGAGCCAUGACAGGUACAACAGGAUGAAGUGGGCCAAGCCACAGGCUAUGGCGUCUCCUUGUAACAACUCUGCUGCCCUCUUUGGGAGAUGACAUGGGCAGAACUCAUAGCCACCACUACCACAUGCUAGACCUCACCAAGACUACCUAGUCCCCACUUUUCUGUCACGGCUCUCCAUCGCAGCCUCAGGGGGCAACAUCUCCAUCCCUUGGGCUUCGGCUGGAGACGGACGCUGGACAACAACAAGUGGCCGGGUUGACCAAUUUCGUUUUGGGCAUUGCCCAGCCACCUCUAGGAACUCCUGUCCAUCGCCUCCUGGAUGGAUCCCACUGUCAGAAGGCUGUAGAGGAUGCUUGUGUCGUGGGGAAAUUUCUGCGCCAUAAACCACGGUCCCAGCGCAAAACCCUUCCUCAGAUGUCUUCAUCGACUUCAGUGUUCCGUAGUACCUGAGAUUUUAUUUUGAGAUAUCAUCAGGGUGAGUUGCACCACUUGUUCCCGAUUCUAACUGCCCCCCGGCAACGUGGGAAGGGUUCAGACGGCAGGCACUCAGCCAACAGUGUGAACUGUGAACAUUGCUUUAGGGUUGUAUAAGAAAAACCCUCUCUGUACAUCACUAGCAGACUCAAAAGAUAUGCAAGAGUCAAAUAUGCAAAAGAAAUAGCUUAUUCAAAGAGACUGUAUGUUACCGAAGAACAGAAUAAAAUCUGAUUUUUUUUUUUUCCCUCAAAAAAGGGAAAAAAAAAAAACCCCCAAUUGAAAUGCCCAGUUCAGACUUUUGAAUACUUCCUGUGGCAGCAGGGGAAGCAUCUACUAUGAUAGAAAUUCUUUUUUGUUUCCUGUGGUAUUCAAGUUUAAAAAAAAAAAAAAGUUAAAAUAAAAAGCACUUUAUGUUUUUCAAAAAUAGGUUCUACCAGGGACAGUGUCAACAUCUUGCACUUUAAAACAAGCCCUAUUUCCCGUGGGCCACUUUUUGGGACUACAGUUGGGCUGUUAACUACAUGCCUGUGUCGGGCCACGGCGGGUGAUGUUGUGCGGGUAUUGCUGUCCGCCAUGUUGAAGUCUGUGGGCUCCUUCCUCGUCCCUCUGAAGCUUCCUGUGAGCCCUGGAGUGGGGCCUCUCACAGAGUCCCGUGUGCAGGAGACACGCACAUCUCGGAAGAACACAGUAGGCGGUGGGCACUGGGUGUUUACUCUGUUCUCUUUCUCGUCAACCAGCUGUUGGUAUGUUUUCAGUGUCACUGUCUGUACUAAAACUCAGCUCUCCAUCAAUGCAGCUAGUACAGACAAAAGCAAUAAGUAUUUGUGUGCGUUGUGAGUGGUUCCGGUGUAUUUCUUGGUGUUGGUCUCCCUGUCCUAGUUCGACGACCUGGCGUUGGCCUGCCUGAUUUUGGGUCCAGUAAGGACGGUGGUGUGGGCCGUUCCUCAGUUCAGACACAUUGGGUUGAGCCACCGGUUAGCAUGAUGCCCUGCUGUUGGCCCAUCUGUCAGUCAAGAUGACGUAUCUGCCUGUCUUUAGUACAACGGACCGAUGUCGUUCCCUAAAUACAACGUGGAUGGACGAUGUCCCAAGUACAGUAGUGUAGAUCUGCCGGUCCACAGCAUGGUGACAGGCACACGUCUUCCUGAUGGAACAAACAUGGUGUGGGUCUCCUGUUCCUCAUACAAUGUGUCAUUGGUCUGCCUGUGAGUGUGAUGGCAUGAGCCACCUGUCAGUACACAAAUAAUCAGAGUCAUUCUGCCUGCCCUCUGCACAAUGGCAUGCGGUUGGACCACCUGUCACAGGUGUCCACAGGAGUCAUCCCACCGCCCUUAAAAACACCUGUGCUCUGCUGAAUAUGUACCUGGUUCCUACUGCUUCUCAGUGUCUCUGGGGACUGUGGAUCCUUCCAAGAGGGUGCAGUCCUGUUCUUUGCUGUGUUAACAAAGGCUACGAUGCCGAUGCCGAAGUAUCUUGCCACUCUGAGGUAUCUUCAGAGCAUCCUCGCAGCCACUGCAAAGGGACUUAAGGGGCAGGGAAAGUGUGAGGUCAUCCUGUGCUGGUAGCACCAGAGAGAGAGGAAGCAGCCACGCCCCCAAGCGCUUUGCCGGGCACACAGCGUGGGGCUGGGGGCCUACUGAGGAGCGGCCGACGGACAGUCCUCCCCGGCCCAUCUCAUCUCACCUGCCUCUUCUUUGUUUUCGUGACCAUUUAUGUCGGCCAUCAGCACAAACGUGAAAAUUCAGGGAAAACAAAUGCUUUUUGAUAAAAGUAAAUAGUUGUGAUUUCCGAUUCCGAUAUUUUUAGAGCUGAUGCUAUCUGUAAAAAUUAGUAACAAUAGUAAUAUAGUCUAUUUUACAUAUCAGGAAAGUGAACAUGUUUAAAUAUAGCCAUAUACAGCGAGAAGGAACUUACCACCCCUUCUUCAAAUCAAGGCAUUUCAUUUGUUGGUUGAAGCCGAUGAGAAGUGUACAGAUUGGAUAUGAUUUUUUUUUCUUUCUUUUUCUUUUUUUUUAACUAAUAACCAAUUGGUGCAACUCUCCUUGUAACCAAAGGCCCUUUCUGCCUUGUGUGGUCACACAGGACCUGGCCCUUCCUUCCCUGUGUAGUUUGUCUGACCUUAAAGUAGCAUUUUAUGGAGUCACUUUUGAAGGACGAAUUCAGAAGUAUCAUUAAGAACCUACCUUUUCAGGCUUACUAGCCAGAGUCCUAUAGAGUUCUUAUAGAAACAGAAUAAUUGAAACUCAGCAUAUACUAUGCUUAGAAAGUAUUGCAUUAUGUUUUGGUUUUUUUUUUUUUUCCUUUUACUUGUGUAUGUAUUGUGGGAAUAUAGCUUUUCCCCUGUGCCCAAUUCAAAAUAGAGUAUUGUAAGUUUUCCCAGGCCCCACCUGCCAAAAAGGAGCAUACCCCGAUUUUUAAUACGUGUACACCCUACCUGUACCUGUGUAUAUGCACUGGGAAAUCUACCUAAGAGUCUCCACUGAGAAGCUGACCUUGACAGACAGGUCCUCACGGAAGAGAGGAAGGCAUGGUCUGGAGGCAAAUACCACUUUACCUUGGUGAUCCAUAUCACACCCAUUCCUGAACCAACAAAAACGGGGCGGGGGGGGGGGGGGAAAAAAACAAGUCAACCCAAAGAAACCAAGCUAGGGGCUCGCGCGGGUGGAUGCCUGGUCCCUUUGGCGAACUCCGUGAAAUUCGCCGAGAACCCAGCCGGACUUGGCUUCCAACUUCCGCCAUUAUCAGUAAGGGCUAGGGACCAGGCGGCUGUGUGUCCCGAUCACACAGGGGAGUCUGCGACCUGCAGAGGGAGGAGGGCCAGCUCUGGAGGAGUUGGUUUUUUCUUUUUUUUUUUUUUUUUUUUUUAUCUUUGGGUAAAAAAAAAAAAAAGAAAAAAACAGGGCUUUGGUGCAGUAGAUUUCUCAGUGCCUUCUUUAGGAAUUUUAUCUUAAGCACACUUAAUCGGGAAAGAAAGAAGAGGAGAGGACAUUUGUUCCCGUGAAAGCCCUUUCUCUAAAAGCACUGGGGAUCAAGAAGAAAGAAGAAGACGGAGAACGGCAAAAUCCUGAGGAGACCACUUCCUUUCAACUCACCCGGCUUGACCCCCACCCCACCCCCCCACCCCCGCCCCCAAAGUGCUGGUGACCACAAACUUGGCCAAACUGACUCCCAGCUCUCCUCCACCGCCUCUUGGUGACUAGCUUCAGCCCUGCCCUCUCCCCUAAUAAGAUCCCCUUUUCUGAGGAGAAAAAGAAACAGUAUUCUCUUCUGCAAAACUGUGACGUAUUCAUGUUUGUAACUAUCGUACGUUUCUGUCUUGCUCCAAGUCAUGGCUGGAGUGUCUAGUCCAUGGACAAGGGGAAAUUCAAACUUCAUCGCGGACAAGGGUCACUGGAGCCAGGUCUCUCUCUCUCUCUCUCUCUCCCCGUCUCUCUCCUCCUCCCCCCCCCACCCCCUCCCUCGCUUCUUAGUUCUCUGCUAACUAGCCCCAAGUAACAUAACCCCAGGCUUCAGCCUCCAGUUAGGUAACUUGGAAUCCGAGGAGAGCCAGGCAAACCGCCUCGAGGGCAUGAUCCUUUUUGGGAAAUGGCUCUUCCUGUGGCGAGAGGAAGAAGAGGUCACCUCCGCCACCCCCAACCGGACAGUGGAGAGCCUCCAGCCCUGAGUUACAGUUUCCCGUUUCUCACCACAUACAUGACCGCAUCCAAAUGCUUUCGCUCAGCCAGGGGGACCCAGACCAGCCUGGCUACGCCCAGAAAUAAGAAAGUUACCUCUGCAUUUUCUGUUGCUGCUUACGUCGUAGGAUAUCCAUGUGUCUCAGAGUAGCCUCUUUUUCUGUUCAGAUAAAAAGUAUAUAGGUACAUAGGUGUUUUUAGCCAAUUUGUAAUAGGGCCGCUUCGUCUCAUGGCUACUUUUGUAAUCUAGAAUAACGUCUUAGGAGUUUUAUUGUUGGGUCAUCACCAUAGCUGAUACUCUCUGGUCUUUUUCAUUUCCUCCCAUUGCCCCUUGGGCUUGCUUUCUUUUCUUCCUUUUGAUUCUGACUUUCUGGGGAUAGGGAAAGACUUGGGGUUCUGACCUGCUCACGCAGGCGUUUCCUGACACUUGGCCUAGAGUCUGUGGACACUGUUACUUCCCUCGUUCCGUGUGUUUCUUCUGUUCUUAACAAUCCUGGGCCUGGAUGCAGGAGUGAGACCAGGAGAAGCAGGGCCGUGAAUGGCCCUCAAGAUUCGGAUAGAAUGUGGGCUGGUUCAGCUCAUUCUCCCCCACCCUGCUGGCACUUGGAAGAGACUGAAUUUUCUCAUCCCCAGAGAUCUUGGAACCAAAAAUCUCUUGCAAGCAAACUUCCUGCCGGGGUCCAGGAUACACCUAAGCCCCUCUCAGCUGGCCUGUUGCAACACCCCUGCUCCCUUGUAACAUCAGUUGGAACCGAAGGCCGGAGCAUUUUCAGGUUCUUGCAAACCUCGGAGAACAUGCUGGGGCCUCAGAUCUCAUGAACUUGUUACCAGGUCCUCAUUUUAAUCCAUUUCCAACAGCCUCACCAAAAAGCAAUAGACAAGCCUGCAGCCGAACCCGGAGAAGACGUGUCCCCCAGAACCUGCCAGCGCAUCUGCCCUCCCCUUAGCACCCGAGACGUGUGGCAAGGGCAGUGGUGUUUCUCCAGUUCCCACCUAUCCAGGCCCCGGGGAGUUUCUGGAGUGUCCUGAUGAAUCCCCCCCCCCACACAGCUUCCAGCCUCAGGUGGGCAGAGGACAUCUCAGGAAGCAGGAUCUUCAGCAGAAAGUGAUUCUCCACUCUUCAACUCCUACAGGAAAUUGAAGAAAACCCAGAUAAUCUUCAGCUUCCAUUCAUUUAGGUGUUCAUACCCCCACCUGCCUCACUGUUGGCUUCAGGACUGUGGCCUCUGGCCAGAUCAGAGAUUUGAGCCGAAUCUGGACCCCCAUGGCAGUGAACCAUCCCUUUGGAUAAACCCCAAGAGGAAACCAAUCGAAGGACAAAUGUAUUAUUCUGGACUAUGACCCUAAUCGGAGUUUUGCUACCCCCAAAAGUUCCUGGUAAUCUGGUUUGGACCAGAGCCAAAUAAAACAGACGAGAUUUUUAAAAACUUUUGCACAAGAACAAAACAAAAUUGUCUCCUAGUAGUUUGCUAGGUUUGAUGCCCAGAUAAGCAAACAGUCUAGCCUGUGGCUGUUUUCAUCUAGAGGGAGAUUGUGUCAUUUGGGCUUCCCUCCACUGCCCCUGGUUUUGUCUUAACCUGGAAUUUCUCCUGGACUUCCCCAAAUGCCAACCUGACGAAAUGGAUUUGGAAGGGGCUCUGGUGAAUCCAGCAGUCCCUCAUCUUUUUCUUCCCUCCGAUUCUAACUCUCCGUUCUUCUCUGCGGAGAUCCCGAAAAGAUCUUCUAAGGGCUGGCCAGGAUGGGGAGGGAGGGGGGCAGUUCUCCUGAAGAAGACGUCAUCUGCCUGCAGGAUGGCUGCGAGCGAGCCUCUGAGUGAAGCCUCUCUCUUGAGUGAGAGGAACAAGGUGGUCAGUUUCAGCUCAAGUUAAGGAAGUGCUUCCCGCAGGUGGGGCUGCCUCACCACGGAAGUCGGUGCCGUGUUGGGGGAUGAGCUGAUGAAAAGACGCUAUAGACCAUGCACAAAAUGGAUGUUGCAGAGAGACCCUCACUUUGCAUGGCAAGUGGACUGAACAACCAGGGCAAUUCUUCUCUCUCUGGGGUGUGUGUGUGUGUGCGUGUGUGUGUGUGCGUGCGUGUGUGGUUUGGACAUCUAGGCACAGGCUCAAAGCCUUGAGGCAAAAGCAGGGAUUACAGUUAGCAGGAAUUCAAAUUCUAGGAUUUGGAAUUUUCUUCAGGGGUGCCAGGGAAGGAAGUGGCAGCAAGAUACCCUGCUUCCCCUGUGCUUCCUAUCUUGGGUAAUUUUAAUGACCCAACCUGUCCCCAGUGCCCUAACAGGAGCCACACUGGCUGGGAUGAGGCUUAUGCUGCCCUCCCCAGACCAGCCAAGGAACAGUCCCUCUCUGGCUGACCAUGUCACGGUGCUGCUCUUCUGCCCAGACCCUGUGCCCUCAUGGGCCUGAGGCUUUCUGUACAAGAGAUGCAAUGAUCUUUUAUCCAUUAGCCAGCACCAUUCCAAAAGGGCUCCCCCCCCCCAACCGGCAAAUAAAACAGAAAAUCCCAUUUAAGAUGUUUGAAAAUCCCCACCCAAUGAAGUAAAUUCAGAAGGACCAAAAGAGAGAAGCAGAUGUAAUCCAUUUUUACAGCAAAACUAGGCUUCAGCUGCCCGGUCGCCCACAUCUCUAGCCCCUUCCCAAGCGGGUCUGGAUACUGCAUUCUCCAAGGAGACCAUUUGACAGAAGAAGUUUUAAAGUACCGCCCCCCCCCCCCCACACACACAACUGUGUCUGGUGGGUUUGGAGGAGGUGGGCCUUCCUCCUCAGGAAGACCCCCAGUCCAGGCAGUGAUAGGUGGUUUUAUUAUGAAGUGAGGCAGGACAAUAGGUUUGCAUGGAUAGCCUGAUCAGCUACUUUCCUUCAAAACAAAAUGAAACAAAAACCCAGUUCCCAAGAUCCCCCUUUGAGGCCCUGUCCUGCAGAAAUAGCUCACGUUAACGGCUCCAAAGGCAUGACG